AUGCCUCCAAUCAGCCCAGAUGAUCUACAAAGGAUUUUCAAGAACCUUGACAAGAACAACAAAGGCCAAGUCACCACUCAAGAGCUCCACCGCCUCUUGGGGCUCGUCGGCAUCCGAACGACCCUAGACGAGCUCGAAAAAUACGUGGGUCGAGAUACCCUCGGUUUCAUCGACUUCUUGUUCUUCUACGAGGCAAUGGUCGAGUCCAAAACGGCCGAACGAGGAGUUUAUAACGAUAUUGAUCGUCAUCACGAAAACGAUCUUCUCGAGGCGUUUAAGGUUUUCGACUUGAAUGGCGACGGGUACAUAUCGUCCGAGGAGUUGGAGAGCGUUUUGUCGAGAUUAGGUUUGUGGGAUCGGAAAACCGGAAAGAAGGAUGGUAAGGACAUGAUUGGCGCGUACGACGAGAAUUUGGAUGGGGUUUUGGAUUUCGGCGAGUUUAAGAAUAUGAUGAUGUCGGGAGCUUCGACUAGUGAUUCGGAUACUUAG